GAUGACCGACGACGUGUCCUAAACCAAGCACUUAGCUUUAGACUGUCCCAUUGUCUCUUUAUUGUAAACACAUUGAACCUAUUUGGUUCAGUUUAGCGUCUGCGUGAGUUUGAAAUGAUGAUGACUGUGUGAGUGUGAGAGGAAGCAUGUUUGUUAUCUCCCCGUCUCAGACCCUUGUUGUUGUUCUGUGAUGUGAAGAAGGAACAUCACAAGAUUAUUAUGAUGGUUAAAAACAGGUGGUUACUGAGUGCCACCGAGUGACUCGACCCGGUCCCAAACCAUCCUGAACUGUGUCUACAGCGUCAUGGUACCUUUGCACAAUGACGUCACUCAACGCACAGCUGUCUGUCUGUCUGUCUGUCUGUCCGUCCAUCCGUCCCAGGUCUUUGAUAUAUUCAUUGCAGGCAUCGAGGAAAAUCCCAUAAUCACCCCUUAAUACUGCUGUACUCAGGCCAGUGAAGACAUUCAGGCGGGUCUGGACUGUGGGUCUGGGCUGAAGCGGGUCUGGGCAGCACAGUUGAGUCUGAGUUAAACAUUCACAAAGUAAUGAUUAGAAAUCCGAGGUCAUGCUGGACGACGACCUCCAGCAGAUUAAUGAUUACACCUCUCAGCCUGUGCUGUGACAGAGUGACCCCCUCAGUGUUUGUGAGUGAGUGAACAAUCAUGUCAGGACAGCGCGUGUGUGUGUCGGACUUUGAAGACGAAGCCAGAAAAGUUCUUCCUAAAUCUGUGUUUGAUUAUUACCGAUCAGGAGCUGACCAACAACACACACUGACUGACAAUGUGGCUGCUUUCAACAGGUGGCAUCUUCUCCCUCGCGUGUUGAGGGACGUGUCCACGGUGGACAUGAGUGUCUCUGUGCUCGGUCACAGGCUCAGCAUGCCUGUGUGUGUCGCUGCCACAGCGAUGCAGAGGAUGGCUCAUCCAGAGGGAGAGACAGCGACAGCGAGAGCAUGCCGAGCUGUGGGAACAGGGAUGAUGUUGAGCUCUUGGGCCACGUCCACCAUCGAGGAAGUCAUGUCAGCAAUGACGAGCUCAGCAGGCGGAGCGGUCCUGUGGCUGCAGCUCUACAUCUACAAGGACCGAGAGCUCACACUGUCACUGGUACGCCGUGCAGAAGAGGCGGGCUAUAAGGCCAUCUUUGUUACCGUGGAUACGCCCUACUUAGGGAGAAGACUGGAUGACAUGAGGAACCGUUUUAAACUCCCCUCACACCUGAGUAUGUCUAACUUUACAUCAGCCUCCCUGGCGUUCUCUGAGGGAAACUAUGGCGACGACAGUGGUUUGGCUGUUUAUGUGGCUAAAGCCAUCGAUCCCACUCUCUGCUGGGACGACAUCACCUGGCUGAAGAAACACACACAUCUACCUGUGAUUGUCAAAGGAAUCCUGAAUGGUGAGGAUGCUGUCCAGGCCGUGAACCGUGGGGUCAGUGGAAUCCUCGUGUCCAAUCACGGAGCGCGGCAACUGGAUGGAGUUCCUGCCACGCUGGACGUGCUGGAGGAGGUGGUGAAGUCAGUGGACGGUCGAUGUGAAGUCUACAUGGACGGAGGAGUGAGACGGGGGACAGACGUCCUCAAGGCCUUAGCUCUGGGAGCGAAGGCUGUGUUCAUCGGUCGACCGGUGCUGUGGGGCCUUUCCUGUCAGGGGGAGCAGGGAGUGACUAAGGUCCUUGAACUUGUAAAAGAGGAGCUGCGACUGGCUAUGGCACUGUCAGGUUGUCGCAGUGUAUCUGAGGUGAGCAGGUCUCUGGUCAGGAGAACUGAGUUCAGCUCCAGGAUGUAAAAGAAGAAUCUGCAGCUGAUCCCUUGUUGAUAUGUCACGUAGUGGAUUGUAGAAGUUUUGUUUUUCAACUUCCUGUCUUAUGGUCUGCAUGUAUACAACACUCUUGUAGUCUUCAUGACCAUUCAACCAUUCACACCAUUCACUCACACAUGUAGGCAUGCAGAUUAACCCUCAACCUUCCAAAUUAAACUGUAUCCACCACUGAUA